UCCGGACAUUGUGCUGCGGGUCUCCAACACACUAAACUCUCCAACACUCGUCUCAGUUCAUUUCGUUUUAAUCAAUAUUUCAUCUGUUCAACAGCUCUGAAGAUCUCGGAAUAAUGGCUUUCCAGUAUCCAAACACCUAUAGGGACGAAUCAGUGGUGGAUGACUAUCAUGGCUGUCAAGUUCCUGACCCGUACAGCUGGCUGGAGGAUCCUGACAGUGAAAAAACACAGGCGUUUGUGAAUGCUCAGAAUCAGCUGACCCUGCCGUUCCUGGAGCAGUGUGAGAUUAGAGACAUCUUUAAGGAUCGUAUGACUGAACUCUAUGACUACCCCAAAUACAGCUGCCCCUUCAAACGCGGGAACAGGUAUUUUCACUUUUACAACACUGGUCUGCAGAACCAGAGCGUUUUGUACAUGCAGGAGAACCUUGAGGCAAAGCCCAGCGUGUUCCUGGACCCAAACACCUUCUCAGAGGACGGGACGGUUGCUUUGCAAGGUUAUGCGUUCUCUGAGGAUGGCGAGUACCUGGCGUACGGCACCAGCGCGAGCGGCUCCGACUGGGUUGAGAUCCGGUUCUUGCACGUGGACGGCGCUGUACCUCUGGAGGACCGACUGGAGAGGGUCAAAUUCACCUGCAUGUCCUGGACUCACGAUGGAAAGGGACUCUUCUAUAACUCUUAUCCUGUGCAGGAGGGCAAGAGUGACGGCACUGAGACGUCCACUAACCUGCACCAGAAGUUGUACUAUCACGUGUUGGGAACCCCUCAGUCUCAGGACGUCCUGUGUGCUGAAUUUCCUGAUCAGUCGAAAUGGAUGAGUGGUGCUGAGGUGUCUGAUGACGGCCGUUAUGUGCUGUUGUCCAUCCAAGAGGGCUGUGACCCCGUCAACAGACUGUGGUACUGUGACCUGAACGACGUGCCGCAGGGAGUCACUGGUUUGCUGCCAUGGGUGAAGUUGAUCGAUAACUUUGAUGCAGAGUAUGAAUACGUCACGAAUGAAGCAACUGUUUUCACUUUCAAAACCAACCUGGAAGCUCCUCAAUAUAGACUCAUCAACGUUGACUUCGCCCAACCGUCCAUCAGCCAGUGGAAAGAGCUCAUUCCCCAACACGACAAAGACGUCAUCGUGUUUGCUACCUGUACAUACUCCAAGUUCCUGUUUGUGUGUUUCCUCCAUGAUGUGAAGAACGUGUUGAAGAUGUUCCAUCUGUCCUCGGGCGAGGAGAUACGCACUUUUCCGCUGGACGUCGGCUCGAUUGUGGGCUUCACUGGGAGGAAGCAAGACUCUGAGAUCUUUUACAGCUUCACCUCUUUUCUCUCUCCAGCGAUCAUCUAUCACUGUGAUCUGACUAAGGAGCCGCUGCAGCCGCAUUUCUUCAGAGAGGUCACAGUGAAGGGUUUCAGUCCUGCUGACUACCAGACCACUCAGGUCUUUUAUCCCAGUAAAGACGGCACCCAAAUCCCAAUGUUUAUUGUCCAUAAAAAAGGAAUCGAGCUGGAUGGUUCCCAUCCCGCCUUCCUGUAUGGAUAUGGAGGUUUCAACAUUUCCAUCACACCCAGCUACAGUGUUUCUCGGCUGAUAUUUGUCAGGCAUCUGGGAGGAGUUUUAGCUGUCGCCAAUAUCAGAGGAGGUGGAGAGUAUGGAGAGACAUGGCAUAAAGGCAUGUAUUCUCCUCUUCACAAUAUCCAUGUUCCAGAUGCUGACGGGGCUCAGUAUCCCGCCAUAUUGUUGUUAACGGGUGACCAUGAUGACCGCGUGGUGCCGCUGCACUCGCUAAAAUAUAUCGCCACACUGCAGAAUGUGAUCGGUCAGUGGCCCGGCCAGUCAAACCCCCUCUUUAUCUAUGUGGACACAAAGUCGGGCCACGGCGCAGGAAAGCCCACCAGUAAAGUCAUUCAGGAGGUGGCGGACACAUACGCCUUCAUCGCUCGCUGCUUGAACCUCAGCUGGAUCGAAUGA